CUCUAUUCCCAACCAUACUCUCUUAUUUUUUUAAUUCUCUCCAUAACAGAUCUGCUGCAACUUCUCAGCUUUUCAAUGCUUUAAAUUUACCAAUUCACCAUAGAUUUUCGCUCUUUCAUACCAAACCCACCACCCCCCUUUUGAUUCUUUCUUCAAUGUUGUGAAGUUAAUCUGAUCAUAGCCUUCCAGCUUCUACUUCUAUAAAUCAUUACAUUUGUACCCUCUUUCACUAAUUUGCCUGCUAUUCUGAGUUUCUCUGCUAUGGAAAUUACACAUUUCUUUACUCUUGAGUUAAUUUCUAAAUCUACAUGGCUUUACUGCUUCAAAUGGGUCCCUUAUCUUCUUCAGUGACGUAAAUUUCAGCAUUCAGACAUGGUGAGGUUCUACUUCUUGUCGGGUUUUAUUGUUUUCAUUUCCUCAUUCGUCUCCUGAAUGCGGACGCAACUUUUUUCUCUCAAUUCUGUGGGCUUUCGGAUGUCUCUUUUCGGUUUCUUCUUUAUCUGUUCCACUGAUACUGAAAUCUAGAUCUUUUUUUGGUUUGCAUUUGAAGUUGGGGUCCAGUUGUUUUUGUGUGAUCUUUGAAGUUUGUACGCCAUCUGUUUGAUAAUAUGCCUCUGAGAGAGUGAGAGAGGUUUUUUUUUGACCAAAAUGAGGGGAAGAGACGAGAAUGGGUAUGACAACAAUGGAUCAAAGCAUGAAAAGGCUAUGGGUUUUGAGUUUCAUAGAGGAAAUGGAGUUAAUGGCAGUUUUCAUCGCCGGAUAGUCAGUGCUAAAUCAACUCCAUCGAAGUGGGACGAUGCACAGAAAUGGAUUUUUGGGUUGCCACGAGGAGGAGAAAAAGGGGAGUCUAAAAUCAAGCAUAGAAACUCGAAUGCUGAUGACUUGCGGCUUAUAGCUGCUGUGCCACAACAGGAGCAUGAGUAUUUGAGCGGUGGAGAUAAAAGGAUCGAAGGGCAAGAAGAAAAUGGAGGAUUUGCUUCUGCUAUGAGUAGUCGAAACGAAGCAGAAACAAAGAAGAUGGAAUGCGAUGAACCCAUUUGGAGAAUCAAUAAGCCAUUGGAGAGCUGCAAGACGGUGGUUAGAUCUGUGUGUGUGAGGGACAUGGGAACAGAUAUGACUCCCAUAGCGAGUCAGGAGCCUUCAAGGACGGCUACUCCAGUUAGAGCCACAACCCCUGUUCUUCAAAGCCCUAUAACUUCUGGAUCUUCCACCCCAGCAAGGCCUCACCAUGAGAUGCAAGCCACUGAAGAUCGUCAAGCAGGUUUUGCUUCUACCGCCAUGGUGGUGAAAAACCAGAGCUCUGAUCAGACUCUAAAGAUGGACUCUAUGGAAACUAGAGCAAUGGCUUGGGAUGAGGCAGAGCGAGCCAAGCAUAUGGCAAGGUAUAAACGUGAAGAAGUGAAGAUACAAGCAUGGGAAACCAGCGAGAAGAGGAAAGCAGAGUCAAAAAUGAGAAAAAUGGAGAAAAAGGCGGAGAAAAUGAAAGCUGGUGCACAAGAGAUGCUGGCAGAUAAACUAGCAGCCACGAGAAGAAUAGCUGAAGAGAAACGUGCAAAUGCAGAGGCAAAACUAAAUAAGAAAUCUGUAAGAACUUCUGAAAAGGCUGAUUAUAUUAGGAGGACUGGUCAUUUGCCUUCUUCUUUCUCCUUCAAGUUGCCUUCUCUGUGCUGUUGGUAGAUUCAAUAUUUUCCUAUUCAGGCACCUGCCCUUUAAGUUUAAUCAGCCUUUUCUUUUACCUUCUUUAAUGCCACUUCUUUCUCUCCUUGAAUAUUUGUAAAAUGUGUUUACCUCAGAAUUGUUACAAAAUAUUGAAAUUUUGAAGUGAAAUAUUUGUCUGUUCUGGUUUUUAGUUGCUUGUUGUGUUCUA